AUGGAUAAGAAGGCAAGAUCCAGUAUUAUCCUAAAUCUCUCCGAUGAGGUAUUGCGUGAGGUAGCAACGGAGACUUCGGCCAAGGCUAUGUGGGAUAAAUUGAAAGCCUUGUAUAUGAAGAAGACAGUCGAGAAUCGGCUAUAUUUGAAGCAGAGUUUGUACAUGCUUCGGAUGUCUGAAGUCUUGGAGCGUUUUGGCAUGAAAGAUGCUAAAUCAGUAUCUACUCCUCUUGCUAGCCAUUUUCGGCUAUUUGCUGCUCAAUCACCAAAAUCAGAUGAAGAGGAAGAUUAUAUGGCACGGUUCCUUAUUCCAGUGCAGUCGGCAGUAUUAUGCUGUGAAGUGGAUUCUCAGAUACUUGCGAGAUACUUCAAAUGCAGAACUACUGGAACCUGCAGGGGAACACUUAAUGUCCUACGAUCGUGUGCAAAAGUUUCAUAUAUCAAGAGAUUCGUUAUAACAUCUUCUAUGGCUGCAGUUGCAUUCAAUAGAGAGUUGAAGAAGGAUGCAGUAGUUGAUGAAAGUUGGUUUUCUGAUCCACGAUUCUGUGAAGAGCAGAAGUUUUGGUAUGUACUUUCAAAAACCUUGGCAGAGGAUGCUGCAUGGAAAUUCGCAAAGGAGCAAGGCAUCAACAUAAUAACAAUCAAUCCAGGAUUUGUCAUUGGUCCUUUCUUGCAGCCAUCUAUUAAUCUGAGUGUAGAAAUGGUCCUCAACCUAGUAAAUGGGGCUGAGUCAUUUCCUGAUGGAACGCAUAGAUGGGUUGAUGUUAGAGAUGUCGCCUAUGCACAUAUUCUAGCCUUUGAAGUCCCUUCUGCAAGUGGAAGAUAUUGCCUGGUUGGGAGAUCUGCCCAUGCCUCUCAGGUUGUCAGAUAACAGCAGCCUUAUUAUUUCAGACUGUACAAUAUCCAAUGACAAGGCAAAGAAUUUGGGAGUUCACUUUAUCCCUUUGGAGGUCAGCUUGAAAGAUACGGUUGAGAGCUUCAGGGAGAAGAAUUAGUUAGUAUCUAAGCCUAUUGUAUUCAAAUUACUAUUAAAUAAAUGUGAAACAUCAUCCUUUGUUUCAAAGUGAUAAAA